AUGUCAAAACAUGGCUCGGCAAUUACAAUGUUACUUACAGACCGAAACUUCAACACGUGCUUCUAUGAGCCUGCGGGAGGGGGAGACCUAUUACUUUACCAGCAUCUUUUCUUUAAUCCUAUACCUACUUACUUACAGGUAGCAAUACCGGCGCCGAUAAUUGGGUGUAAUGUAUCAAAAUUAGAGAGUGAUGACCCUGAGGAGUUCAAUUCGCCGAAUUCUUUUGAUUUUACUCUAUUUAAGGAAAAUUACAAUCAUUAUUUGAAUGGUUCAAGGGAAAUCCCUUCUGAGGAUUUCUUAAGUUGGCUGGUAGGAUUUACUGAAGGUGACGGUAGCUUUGUCAUUACUAAUAGAAAAGAAUUACAGUUUGUAAUUACUCAAGGUAGUGAUGAUGAACAAGUUCUUCAUAUGAUCUGUGAUACAUUAGGUUUUGGUAAAGUAAUUAAACAAGGUAAACGAACCUCUAGGUUUAUUGUACAAGACAAAAGAGGAUUAGAACUUAUUGUUUCUUUAUUUAAUGGGAAUCUUAUUCUUCCUACUAGACAACGUCAAUUCAUUGAAUUCAUUAAGGCCUAUAACUCUAAGGCUAAUAAUGGUAAGAUUAAAGUAUCUGUAAUUACUCCUAUUCAAUCUACUAUUCUUCCUAGUUUAUCAGAUGGAUGGUUAUCAGGAUUUAGUGAUUCCGAAGGGUGUUUCACUGUUUCUUUUUUAUCAAAUUCGAAAGCAUUUAGAAUACGAUAUUUAGUUAGCCAAAAAGGGGAUAUUAAUUUACCUAUUUUAAGUCAUUUCAUUUUAUUAUUGAAGGCUGGUUCUAUUGAAGCUCAUUCUCAAAAGAGUCAUUUUUCUUUCAUUAUUAAUGGGGAAAAAGCCUGUUAUAACGUAUAUCCUUACUUUGAUAAUUAUAUUCUGAAAACUAAGAAAUUCAAUAGUUAUAUUCUGUGGAAAGAAAUUCAUAAUAGAAUUUCUAAAAGAGAACAUCUUGAUCUAAAAUUGAGAGAGGAAUUAGUUCUUCUUGCUACCCAA